AGCCUUUGUUUGUAGCAAUACAUUUUAGUUUAAUGAUUUGCUACUAAAAUGAAGAAAUAUAAACGUCAGGAAAGCUUUUGUUGCCCAAAGGGAAUUCUUUAAGGUUGGAAUUGGCUAUUUUGAAGCUAAUCAAAAGAUUUUCUUAGGGAAACUGAUUAGCCGUGUUCUCCAGCAUUAAGCUCGGCUGUGGACUGGACUACACACCCCAACCCACCCCCAUCUCCCACCCCUGCCCUCUCCUGGCUAAUCCCACACGUGCUAACGGGAGGAGAGGUGGAGAGCUAAGCUGGAGGAGUGGAAUAGAGCCUAACUGAAGUGCUAGCUGCUUAUUUUAUUUCCUUACGUCUGCUGUGUGGAUCAGCCUGGACGAAAUGUUGGGGUGGCUUCUGUACCUGGGGCUGGCCUUCUCUGCGCUGGUGCUGUUGCUGGUGCUGGUGCUGGUGCUGCUCGUGACUCCUCAACGAGGCCCCAACUUUCCCCCAGGACCCCCUGCUUUCCCCCUACUGGGGAACCUGCUCCAACUCAGCAUGAAGAACCCGCUGCCGGAUCUAAAUAAGAUUGCUCAUCGCUAUGGUAACGUGUACAGCCUUUUCCUGGGAAGGAGGCCGGCGGUGAUGCUGCACGGCCUGCAGGCGGUCAAGGAGGCACUGAUGAUGCGAGCCACAGACUUUGCAGGAAGGCCACAGGGACUCAUGGUCAACCACGUCACAGACUCUAAAGGGCUGAUUAUGGCAGAUUAUGGGCCAGCGUGGAAGGAGCACCGGCGGUUCGCCCUGAGCGCUAUGCGGAACUUUGGGCUGGGGAAAGUCACCAUGGAGCAGAGGAUUUUGAAGGAGACCGCUUUCAUCUGCUCACAUUUCGAGAAGAAUGCCAGGACACCUGUGAAUCCCCAAGGUCUGAUCCACAGCGCGGCUUCCAACAUCAUCUGUUCCAUUCUAUUUGGGACCCGAUACGAUUAUGAAGACAACGUCCUGUCCUUCAUCAUCAAGAGCUUCAAAGAAAAUGCAGAGGCUGCCAACAGUGCAUGGGCCAUGAUCUAUGAUACACUCCCAUUGCUGAGGAGACUGCCCCUGCCCUUCCAGAAGAUCUUUAAGAACUAUGACGCCCUGAAGAAACACACAAGAGAUAUCAUAGCGGAACACAAGCAGACGAGGGUCCUGGGAGAACCUCGAGAUGUCAUCGACUGCUACUUGGAUGAGAUGGAGAAGAGAGGUACGGUGGGGUCCUGCCUUGAUGAGGAGCGCCUAGUGAUGUUGCUGCUGGAUCUCCACUUUGCAGGAACUGACACAAGCUCCAACACAAUUCUCACUGCUCUACUCUACCUUACCACCUACCGUGAUGCUCAAGUGCUUUGCCAGCAUGAGAUUGACUCUGUCCUGGGGGAGAGUCCUGACGUCUCAUACGAUGAUCGUCACCAGAUGCCCUUCUUCAUGGCAACCAUCCAUGAGAUCCAGCGCCUGGCGAACAUCGCCCCUCUGGGAGUCUUCCACGCCACUACCAGGAACACCACACUCAUGGGCUACCACAUCCCUCAGGGCACCCUUGUCAUCACAAACCUCACCUCUGUUCUACAUGAGGCGAGCCACUGGGAGCGUCCACAUGAAUUCUUCCCUGCUCACUUCCUCAACAGCAGAGGGGAGUUUGUGAAGCCUGAAGCUUUCCUAGCAUUCUCUGCAGGUCCUCGUGUGUGUCUGGGUGAGGCUCUGGCACGCAUGGAGCUCUUCUUGAUUCUUGUCACCUUGCUUCGCCGUUUCCACUUCGUCUGGCCGAAGAGCAAGAGCAAGCCAGACCUCAAACCCGUCUUCGGGGGGAUCCAGGCACCAAAGCCCUAUUACCUGGAGGCUCACCCACGCAGGAGGAAGUAGGGGAUUAUGGUACAUUGAACCAGGAAGUGGUGCACACCCUCAGCAAUGCAGUUGCAUUUACAUACAAGGAACCUUGAGUCUGCUAGGACAGGACAGGAAUUGGUGUCUGGUGUUUGGCACCGACUUUCUUAUUGUAUGCAACAAAAUGUAGUUCUGAGAAAUCCACUGACAAGUAUGAGGAAGAACCAAUGUUAGGCUAUUACCUGUUCACCAUAUGAAAAAAGUCUACAGGUUUUCAGACCAAAAGUUUCACCUUAUCACAAUGAAAACAGAAGUGUUACUACAUAUCAGAAUCAGAAUCAUCUUUAUUGGCCAAGUACAUUUCCACAUACAAGGAAUUUUUUUCUGG